AUGACCGCAAGGGGACCUUCGGUCCCCCCCGACANNNGCGCGCGUCGUCCGUCCGUCCGUCCGUCCGUCCGUCCGUCCGUCCGUCCGUCCGUCCGUCCGUCCGUCGUCGUCGUCGUCGUCGAGGACGAGGGCUGUUGGGGCUGGACCCGGGACCCACCACCCAGCCAGCACAGCGCGCCCCAAAAUCCCCGAGGGAAGCGAAAAACGGCCACGCAAGUUACUGUCGUCGAGUACGAUGCUCCGUCCCCGAGGGACAUCGCCCCGUCCGCGUCAAAUAACGGCGGCCCUUCAGAGGCCGACUCCGACGAUGACGUCAGCAACCUGCGGCCCGCCGCAAGAGCUGGCCAAGCUGACGUCACUCCGACCAUAGACGCGUCUCCGGCCCCUGACCGUCAGCGUUGGGAGAGCUGGCGCCGGCAGCGGGUUUUGGGGGCCGAAGCCUUGGAGGCUGACGUCACGGGCUCUUCGGAAGUAGAACGGGCAGACGACUCGGGAGCGCAGGCGGACACGCUUUUGGGCGGGGCACCGAGCGCGGGGCUUGAAACGGAGGGGAUCGAGGCCUGGGCAAACAGCGGUGUCAAGAAACUGGGGGGAGACAUGCUGCAGGCGGAGUUGACACCAGACGGUGAGAAGCCGGACGAAGUAUUGGUGGAACAGUCCGGUGUGGAGAAGAGAAGAGGGGGACUGCUGCCGGUGGACUUGACACCAGAAUCGGGUGCGGAGGCUACCCGAGCGGCCUCUCCUCUCCGACCCCAAAAGCUCCAAUUCUCGGACGUUGACGUCAAUCAGAAAGAGGCCCCGGUUGCGCAUCUGGGGGAGCAACUGAACGGUGGUGUCAAGGAGCAGAGCAGCAACUCACUGCCGAAGGCGUUGACACCACUUCGCGGCGGCUUAGGCGGCGAGUCCUCUGGGGAGCGGCCCCCGGUGCAAUACGGAGUGCAGACGGUCACGAGUAUGCGGCACGCAAAAUUGUUAGCUGCGACCUAA